AUGGACAAAACGCUUGCAGAUAAGAACCAGGAUUAUUGGAAUGAUGCCUCAAAGCUUGUCUUCAAGGACAAAUGGGUGCACGAUCUGCAGGCCCAGAUUUCUGAAUUCUUGAAGGGUAACGCGGAGUGGAUAGGUAUUCAAACCUCUGACGCCGAAAAUUCUGGACAGACCAAGUUGAUGGAUUAUGCUUGCGGAAAUGGCAUUGUUUCACGGUCCCUGCACCCUCAUUUCUCCAAAUGCAUUGGCGUGGACUUGUCGGAUGGCAUGCUAGACAAGUAUCGCGCGACUGCAGCAGAUCUAGGCCUUGACGAGUCGCGCAUGAUAGCCAUCCAGGGUGACCUCUUGGCCCCCACGGUCAAACCCACGACGCCUCCACUGAGUGAGGACGAGCUCAAUGGGUUUGAUCUAGUGGCUAUCUGUAUGGCAUUGCACCAUGUUGAGGAUAUCGACUUGGCUACUAAGCGUCUAGCCGAACGAUUGCGACCGGGCGGUGUUCUUCUAAUCAUCGACUGGGCGACGCGUGAUUCGCUGAACGGUACUGUGAAGCAACCUGUGAUGGCGACAGGCCAAACCUCUUCAGAGAACAAUCACCAUCAUCAUCAUCACCACCACCAACACCACGUUGAUGAGACAAUCAACCCAAAGCAUCCUGCAGCGCAUACCAUCUCCCAUGACAGCUUUUCAAAGGACCAGAUAUUCUCUCUUUUCAAACAAGCUGGAUGUGGAGAGUCAAAGUUUGUGUUGGCAGAUAGACUAUCGCCCGUUCCUGGUGCGCGGAGUGGGGAGAUGCAGUUGUUUUGGGCCCGUUCAACUAAGCUUUAG